AUGAGGAACAAAGAGUUGAAUGGUUAUUUUAUGGCCUUGAUUUUUGUGGGUGUUGUGCUUUUGGGGAAAGCAGAAAUAUACAUUGUGAGACUUGAAGGAGAGCCUGUGGUGAGCUAUAAAGGUGGCGUUAACGGGUUUGAAGCCACUGCAGUUGAUUCUGAUUCUGAUCAAAAGAUCGAUUUCACCAGUGACUUGGUCAUAUCCUAUGCCCGCCAUCUAGAAAAGAGGCACGAUAUGCUUCUCGGCAUGCUUUUCGACAAAGGAACCUACAAAAAACUCUAUAGCUACAAACACCUAAUCAACGGGUUUGCAGUUCACACUUCGCCCGAUCAGGCAGAGGUACUCAGGCGAGCCCCCGGCGUGAAGUCGGUGGAGAGGGACUGGAAAGUGAGAAGGCUUACUACACACACUCCACAGUUUUUGGGCCUCCCGACCGGCGUGUGGCCCACCAGAGGUGGAGAGGAUCGGGCCGGGGAGGAUGUCGUGAUAGGCUUUGUGGAUUCGGGAAUAGAUCCUCAGCACCCGAGCUUCGCAGCACGCCAAAGUGUAUAUGGGCCUCUCUUUAAGUACAAAGGCAAAUGCGAGGUGGAGCCAAGGACAAAGAAAGAAUUUUGCAACGGGAAGAUUAUUGGAGCCCAGCAUUUUGCUGAGGCUGCUAAAGCUUCUGGUGAAUUUAAUCAGGAUGUCGAUUUCGAUUCUCCCCUAGACGGGGAUGGGCAUGGAAGUCAUACAGCAGCUAUUGCGGCUGGUAACAACGGGAUACCAGUGAGGAUGCAGGGAUAUGAAUUCGGACGAGCAAGUGGAAUGGCUCCUCGUGCUAGGAUUGCUGUAUACAAGGCACUCUACAGAUUGUUUGGAGGAUUUGUUGCAGAUGUGGUUGCCGCCAUUGAUCAGGCAGUUCAUGAUGGUGUCGAUAUUCUAAAUCUUUCGGUCGGCCCCAACAGUCCCCCGACUAAUACGAAGAUCACGUACCUAAACUCUUUCGAUAUAACCCUUCUUUCGGCUGUGAAAGCUGGAGUAUUUGUAGCUCAGGCAGCUGGGAAUGGAGGCCCUUCACCUAAGACUAUGGUGUCUUACAGCCCGUGGAUAACAACUGUAGCUGCUGCAGUCGAUGACCGGCGAUAUAAAAAGCACUUGACUUUGGGGAAUGGAAAAAUUUUAGCUGGACUUGGUUUGUCGCCUUCUACUCCUGUGAACACAACAUAUCCCUUGGUUGCUGCUACUGAUGUCUUAUUGGAUCCUUCUGGAAAUAAGUAUGCCUCUGCCGACUGCCAAAACCCUUCGGUUCUCAACAAAAACUUGGUACAGGGGAAAAUCCUUCUUUGCGGUUACUCGUUUAAUUUUGUCUCGGGAACUGCCUCGAUGAAGAAGGUAGCCGAGACAGCACAAAGCCUCGGUGCAGUUGGCUUUGUCCUUGCAGUCGAAAAUGCUUCUCCCGGAACAAAAUACGAUCCCAUCCCCACUUCUAUUUCUGGGAUCCUUCUCUCGGACCCUAUUAAAUCAUCGAUGCUCAUAGACUAUUACAAGAGCUCCACUGUUAGGGAUUGGAGCGGACGGGUAAAGAGCUUUAAAGCAAUGGGGAAGAUUGAGGAUGGUCGAAUGCCUCGAUUCUAUAAGUCUGCACCACAAGUAGCCGUGUUCUCGGCCCGCGGACCCAAUAUCCAAGAUUACAGUUAUACUGAUGCGGAUCUUCUGAAACCUGACAUCUUAGCCCCCGGCUCUCUAAUUUGGGCUGCUUGGUCUCCCAACGGCACAGACGAAGCAAAUUUCGUUGCAGGAGAAAGAUUUGCCAUGAUAUCGGGCACGAGCAUGGCAGCGCCUCAUAUAGCCGGAAUAGCUGCACUCGUAAAGCAAAAGUACCCUCACUGGAGUGCAGCUGCAAUUAAGUCGGCCCUUAUGACAACAGCCACAACAAUCGAUCGAGCUGAGAGACCACUUCAGGCACAACAGUACUCGGGCUCCGAGUCAAUAACUUUCGUCCCUGCAUCGCCUUUCGAUUAUGGGAGUGGGCACGUGACUCCCAGAGCAGCUCUUGAUCCCGGGCUCAUUUUGGAUGCUGGGUACGAAGACUACCUGGGUUUCCUCUGCACCACGCCAGGUGUCAACCGAGACGAGAUUCGAAACCACACACUCACACCUUGCAACUAUACACUCGGCCACCCCUCAAACUUCAACUCCCCUUCCAUCACAGUUGCUCAUCUUGUUGGGACCCGCACAGUCAAGCGAAUUGUGACCAAUGUCUAUUCAGAGGAGGAAACUUACGUGAUCACAGCCCGAAUGGCUCCAGCCAUAGCCAUCGAGACCAAUCCUCCGGCCAUGACCCUCAGGCCCGGAAGCUCCCGAGAGUUCACUGUCACACUCACCACACGAUCCAUCACCGGGGCCUACAGCUUUGGCGAGGUCUUGCUGAAAGGCAGCCGAGGCCACAAGGUAAGACUCCAGGUCGUGGCCAUGGGUUAUAAGAGAUAA